UGAGGUCCUCAGAUGCAGCCGUGUCUUGCCGUCCCACACCCCAUACAUGCACUGGUUGGUUUCGCCCCUGCUUGCACCUCCGCACCCUUUGGAUCCCCGGCCUCGAUCGAGACCCCCCUCUCUUUCUCUCUCUCUCGAUUCUAGCCUCAAGCUUGCAUCUCAGACUCAGAGAGAGCAGGACGCACAUGCAUUUCCCUCUCCACAGCCCCCGAUCACAGGCGACGCCGCGUAGCUCCUCCGGGCCGGUAGAUGGGCCCAUGUUGCGCGCGGUUGAUCUACCCGAUCGCUUCGACCGCGUCGCGCCACCGACGGACAAUGGCGCCGGCAGCGAGGAAGCGGCGGUGAAGGACACGGGCCCGAAGCCGGUGGUGCCGCUGCUCAACGUGUCCGCCGGCGGCCGCGUCCACGAGAUCCAGACGUUCGCGCACUACGUCGCCACGCAAAUCGGUUUCGAGGAUCUGAACGAGUGCCCGCACCUGUGCGCGCUGUCCUACGAUUACCUCAAGAAGACGGAGGGCUACGAGCAGAACCUGCUCGCCUUCUUCCACAACAAGAUGAACCCGGACGCCCUGCUCGUGCAGCUCAUCGAGGAGAUGGACAAGUGCAUCCUCGGCUACUUCUCCUUCCACUGGAAAUAUGCGACCCACAUAAUCACGCAGGUUCUGACCCACGAGCAGCCUAGAAGAAAGCUCAGAAGAAUGGUAAUGGAGGCCACUAGGAAGAUGAGGUUCGAGAGGGUGACGAGAGAGCUGAAGGUUACCAGGCUGUUCACCACUCUGGUGGAGGAGCUCAAGGCCAUCGGUGUGCACUGCCAGCACGACCACAACCGGGCGGGCACGGACGUGAUGGUCCCGGCUGCGCACAGCGACCGCAGCCCGGUGCUGCUCCUGAUGGGCGGUGGCAUGGGUGCUGGCAAGAGCACCGUGCUCAAGCAAAUCAUGAAGGAGGUGUUCUGGACUGAGGCGGCGGCGAACGCCGUGGUUGUGGAGGCCGACGCGUUCAAGGAGUCGGACGUGAUCUACCAAGCCAUCAGCUCGCGGGGCCACCACACCGACAUGCUGCAGACUGCCGAGCUGGUGCACCAGUCGUCGACGGACGCGGCGGCGUCGCUGCUGGUGACGGCGCUGAACGAGGGGCGGGACGUGAUCCUGGACGGCACCCUGUCGUGGGAGCCGUUCGUGCGGCAGACCAUCGCGAUGGCGCGGUCCGUGCACCGGCAGCGCUACCGCAUGGGGGUCGGCUACAAGGUCGCGCCCGACGGCACGACCACGGAGAAGUACUGGGAGCCCGUGGAGGAGGACGGCGAGCAGCAGGCAGGAAGGGCAGGCAGGACGAGGAAGCCGUACCGCGUCGAGCUCGUCGGCAUCAUCUGCGACGCCUACCUCGCCGUCGUCAGGGGCAUCAGGCGAGCUAUCAUAUCCGGGAGAGCCGUGCGGGUGAACUCGCAGCUCAAGUCGCACAAGCGCUUCGCCGGCGCGUUCCGCAAGUACUGCGACCUCGUGGACAACGCCAGGCUCUACAGCACCAAUACCAUCGCCGGCGCAAAGCUGAUCGGGUGGAAGGACAAGGACAGCCAGCUACUGGUGGACGUGGACGAGAUCGGGCUGCUGGACCGGGUGAGCCGGAUCAAUGAUGACGCCAACUGCGUGCACGAGCUGUACCCGGACGGGCACCCCACGGGCGGCGCUGGCUCUGUGUGGGAUGAGCUGAUGGCGUCGCCGGUGAGGGCUUCCAUACAGCGGGAGCUCAAGGAGGCCAUCUUCGACAGCGAGGCGUGCUUCCCCUCCCCGUAGUAGCCACACGCCGACCUGAUUUGCUGGACUACUAGUUGUGUAAUUAAGCUAGUUAUAUAAUCUCUUUUGGAUGAACCCAAGUUUUGAACCGGAAUAAGCUAGCUAAGAGUUAUAUACUGAUCGCGAACCUUAAAUAAACAAUCUUUUUAAAGGCAGGUUUUCGCCUA